AUGUUCAUUUUUCCGUGUAGAAGAACAUCGUCUCCAAAUAUCCCCUCUUCACAGUUCUCUCUUACUGUGGAAAUAGCGCCCUAUCGCACGUAAGUUCAAAUUAUUUCUUCUUCGCGCGUUUGACGUUAAAUUUCUUUUCUUUCAGGGAAAAUGAGCUUCGAAAAAGCUUUGUCUAUUUUAAAUAAAAGGUUCCAGUCAAACUCACAUUUCCCCGAGCUUUGCGAUGGCGUCACCGUUGCAUAUGACAAAAAGCGCGGCAGGUUUAUCAAGGUUCUCCAAAAUUUUUGUGAUUUUCAAAAUGAUUAUGAAGGAAAACUGUUUCAGGCUACUAAAGAUCUCAAUCCAGGCACAAUAAUUUGCAUAGAAGAAGGCGUGACGGUGAAUGUGAAGAGAGGUCAUUGUUAUAACUGCCUGAGACUUGUUAAAGUCAGUGAUUUGUGGGUUUCUAUUUUAAAAAUAUGCGAAGAAGAAAUAUGAUUCCAGAUACUGCGAUAAAUGCUCACAGGGAAGCGAGCCGAUCGAGUUGGCUCGUGGAGAUUUCGACGAUCUGGGCAUUUUUAAGCUUUCAGCUCAUAUUUUAUUAUCGUAUCCAUUCGUGGAAGUGAUAAGAGCUAUUGACCAACCGAAUAUAGGUACAGUUUUCUCGAAAACCUCUUUUAGCGUAUAAGGCUUGAAAUAACACAAAAAUGGUCCUAAAAGGGCCCUAUAAGACUUUGAUUUCAGUCCCGCCGAAAUCCGCCCCAUCACACCUGUCAAGCACCGAUUUUUCUUCAAUUCUUCAACUUGAGCCUCAUUCAGAAAUAGCCAAGGUCUUCGAUGAUCCGGCUAUUCAAAUGAGAAUCAAAAAAUUUGUUGAUUUACUUGGAAAUGUUUGGAUUUUCGUCUUUUCUGGAAUAAUUAUCAAGUUUAGCAUCCGAAAUGGGGAGCGAUGGAAGUUUCAGAGCGAUUUGUCAAGUUUUCCAAGGCAUUGAGGAUAGUUUCGGAACGAUGUGCGAGGAAUUCUCAUGUCGUUUAUGACAUUGUGCAAACCACUAGGAAGUUUGUAACAACUUUAUCGGGCAAAGUCGGUGGAUAAUGGCCGCUAAAAGGGAGAGGCUCAAAAAAGGCUGCAGAAAGGGUUUCUCUAUCGAGCCUCGCAUUUUUUCUAGAAUUUUAAAGGCUCGAGAAAUGGUGGAAAAAUAGAAGGCAACAAAAAUGGUGCAUAAAAGCCGAUAAAGUGGCGAAAAAAAGCAGCAAAAAAGGAGCCUUCUUCCACUUUUUCCGACUUUGCCUAUUUCCUUAAAAAGUCAAAGUUUCAGAAUAUAAUUUCUUCUAUUUCUUUUAAUCUAAUUUCUAAAAAAAUCUUUGGAGACUAGUAAGCUCCAGAUUCUGAUUUUUAAAAACCUCAUGAGCUGUUUCAAAAAAACUUUAAAAAAACUAGAAAUUGGCUCUCUUUUUGAUAUUCGAACUAGAACUUGUGUUCACACUGGGCUAAAUAGAAAAUUUUGAUAUUUUAAAAAAUCUGGUUAAAAAAUGUCCAAGAUGGUUCAAAAAUUGAUGAAAAAUUGAGAAAGUCAUAAAAUAUGUUUUGAGGGAAAUAAAGACUUUAUCAUGUCAGAUCAAAGGAGGAGCCCAUGGGGACGGGAAUUUUCCCAAUUUCCAGCAUUUUCAACCACUCUUGCACGCCAAAUGUCUUUUCAUUGUGAGCUAUAUAACCAGUUUUUCGUUUCUAAAUCGUUUUUUUUAGUUUUAUUGGAAACGUUUUUGUUUUCGUGAGCCGUGGGGUUUUAGCUGGACAAGAGUUGGUCGACACUUACGGAGUGACCAAAUCGCAAAAUUGUUCCGCCAAAAGAAAGGUUUUCAGUAGAUUUUUCGAUUUUUGUAUGAAAAUAGAAAAUUCAGCGAUUUCUGGCCGAACAUUCCGGCUUCACUUGCAACUGUCCUUGUUGUCAACUCGGUCAUUCGAUGGACCAGUUUCUGAUUUCAGCGAUGAAUAGCCCUGAAGUCAUUUCGUCCGCAUUUUCGAGUUCAUUUUUGUUUUUCCAGACUUUGGUCUAUUCUGCCACUCACGUGAACGAUUUUUGGAGUUUUGUCGAAUUUAUUCCGCCCGGGCACAAGGAUUUGGAAGUUCUCGUUGAGUUUUUUGCACAGAGGGAAGAUGCGAAAGGUGAAAAUUGGUCUUUUUCAUAUUUAAAAAAUGAUGAUACUUUUUAAAAAAAUCUGGAAUUUGUUCUUUACCUAUUUUUUUAGUUUUUGAAAAAAAUGAAUGAAGAAAUUUGAUAUCUUCUCAUAGAGCCUUUCAUAUACAUGGAAAAUGAAAAAGCCGGAUUUUUUUUUUCAAAAGCUCAGUUCGAACGAAUUUAAGCAUCAUUUUGAGCUGUAAAACUCUUUCAUUUAUUUUUUUGGUGUGUUAAAUUUUGAGUUUCAGAGGGAUUUUUUUGAUGGUUUUUAAAUGGAAUAUAUUGUAAUUUUCAGCGUUUUUCAUCAAAUUUGAGCCUUAUUUCGAUUUAUUUUCGAAGCUUACUGUGCAAAUUCGAAUAUUUUCCAAGUUCCGUAGUUAUUUUUCAAAAUUUUUCAUUCUUCUAGGGGAGUCCUACAAGUUGUAGUUUGAACGAUUUUUUUAAAAAAAGGAUGAUUUUUUUGAUAAAUUGCUGACUAUUGUCUUUCAGCAGAUCCAAGGACACAGAUUCAACUUUGGGAAAAUUUCCUAACCAAUGCUGAGAAACGGAAAAUUUCUUUCGAUCCCUAUUUGGGUUUGAAUGAUUUUCUCAAUUUUUCAUAGGUAUUUUCCAGUUCGACCAUUGCUUGAGCUUGUACUGGCUUUUCAUGACGAUUCCUUGUGAGUUUAUUUUUUCGAAAAAUUGACAAUAGAUUUUUUAGAAUUCGAGAUGAACAAUAUGAAGAAAGCCGAAUGUCGAUGAUGAUCGCACUUCAUGAGCAUCUACAUGUAUUUUAUUGUGAUCUGCAUCCGGCUUCCGGGUAUGUAUAUUUCUCUUUUUUCAAUUCUUAGAGAAAACAAUAUAACAAUGUUUAAAGGACCCAAGACAACCAUGCUUUGAGGUUUCUCAAUAUAGUCUCUUAGGACUUUCGAAGUUUCCUAACCCCUAGCUCAUAUCUUUUCGUUAGCCUUAUUUUUUUCUACUUCAGAAGAUAGGCAAAAUUUAAAUUGGAAAAACCUUCAUUUUCAGCUUAUUAUUUUCUUUCACUCUGGUUUUUAUUGAGAUGAAUUGCUUUCUUGGCUCAUAGUUAUACCAAUCUUUUUUUCAUUUCAAAAAGUUUUGAACUUCUUAGCUUUCUUUUUAGGUGAAAAAAAGUAGUUAAAAUGGAAUAAAAAGUUUUUACAGUAAAAAUCAGUUUUAUCACCUUCAACUUUGGAAACAAGGUACAUCAAUGAAAAAAGAGUUACCUUUGUCCUUAUAACCUCAUCAAUGUCUUCAUGAGAACAUCACGAUGUUUCAUUUUCCUUAAAAAAGAAUCUCUUAUGAAGACUUCGAUGACGUUAUAAGGGCAAAAGCCACGUUUCUGAUCAGAUUUAAGAAUUCUUACGUGAAUAGAAAAAGUACGGGAAGUUUCUUCAUUUUUUUUUACAAUCCAUAUAACUCACAAAAAAAAACAUCUGCUUGUAAUUUCUAAUUUUUAUCUUCUUUUCUUCUUAAAAAUUUCUGUAUGCUUUUCGAUGGAACUACACCAUCUAUUGCCUUUUUGAAAAAAUAUAUUUUAGGCCCCUGAAAAUGUUGCUGGAAGCCACGAAUAAAAAAGAAGGCGAUAUCCGGGAACCACUGGGACUUUUGAAGGAAAUCGCGAAGGAUUUGACGGGAUAA